AUGAAUGAUGAUGAUGAUGAUGAUGAUGAUGAUGAUGAUGAUGAUGAUGAUGAUGAUGAUGAUGAUGAUGAUGAUGAUGAUGAUGAUGAUGAUGAUGAUGAUGAUGAUGAUGAUGAUGAUGAUGAUGAUGAUGAUGAUGAUGAUGAUGAUGAUGAUGAUGAUGAUGAUGAUGAUGAUGAUGAUGAUGAUGAUGAUGAUGAUGAUGAUGAUGAUGAUGAUGAUGAUGAUGAUGAUGAUGAUGAUGAUGAUGAUGAUGAUGAUGAUGAUGAUGAUGAUGAUGAUGAUGAUGAUGAUGAUGAUGAUGAUGAUGAUGAUGAUGAUGAUGAUGAUGAUGAUGAUGAUGAUGAUGAUGAUGAUGAUGAUGAUGAUGAUGAUGAUGAUGAUGAUGAUGAUGAUGAUGAUGAUGAUGAUGAUGAUGAUGAUGAUGAUGAUGAUGAUGAUGAUGAUGAUGAUGAGGAUGAUGAUGAUGAUGAUGAUGAUGAUGAUGAUGAUGAUGAUGAUGAUGAUGAUGAUGAUGAUGAUGAUGAUGAUGAUGAUGAUGAUGAUGAUGAUGAUGAUGAUGAUGAUGAUGAUGAUGAUGAUGAUGAUGAUGAUGAUGAUGAUGAUGAUGAUGAUGAUGAUGAUGAUGAUGAUGAUGAUGAUGAUGAUGAUGAUGAUGAUGAUGAUGAUGAUGAUGAUGAUGAUGAUGAUGAUGAUGAUGAUGAUGAUGAUGAUGAUGAUGAUGAUGAUGAUGAUGAUGAUGAUGAUGAUGAUGAUGAUGAUGAUGAUGAUGAUGAUGAUGAUGAUGAUGAUGAUGAUGAUGAUGAUGAUGAUGAUGAUGAUGAUGAUGAUGAUGAUGAUGAUGAUGAUGAUGAUGAUGAUGAUGAUGAUGAUGAUGAUGAUGAUGAUGAUGAUGAUGAUGAUGAUGAUGAUGAUGAUGAUGAUGAUGAUGAUGAUGAUGAUGAUGAUGAUGAUGAUGAUGGAGUUGGUGUAGUUGGUGUAGUUGGUGUAGUUGGUGUCAGAUGUGAUGUAGGUGGUGUAGAUGAUGAUGAUGAUGAUGAUGAUGAUGAUGAUGAUGAUGAUGAUGAUGAUGAUGAUGAUGAUGAUGAUGAUGAUGAUGAUGAUGAUGAUGAUGAUGAUGAUGAUGAUGAUGAUGAUGAUGAUGAUGAUGAUGAUGAUGAUGAUGAUGAUGAUGAUGAUGAUGAUGAUGAUGAUGAUGAUGAUGAUGAUGAUGAUGAUGAUGAUGAUGAUGAUGAUGAUGAUGAUGAUGAUGAUGAUGAUGAUGAUGAUGAUGAUGAUGAUGAUGAUGAUGAUGAUGAUGAUGAUGAUGAUGAUGAUGAUGAUGAUGAUGAUGAUGAUGAUGAUGAUGAUGAUGAUGAUGAUGAUGAUGAUGAUGAUGAUGAUGAUGGAGUUGGUGUAUUUGGUGGAGUUGGUGUAGUUGGUGUAGUUGGUGUAGUUGGUGUCAGAUGUGAUGUAGGUGGUGUAGGUGGUUAUGAUGGUGAUGAUAAUAAAGAGGAUGAUGAGUAG